CGUUGUCCCAGGAGCAGUUCGUCGUUUGUUUUCGUGGAAAUUAUCACAGCUCCUCUGACUCUAUAAACUGGUUUUGAUCCUUUCACCCACCGCUGCCAACCGGAAGGUCCUGAUACGAUCCAGAGUCAAAAAAGCUCCAGUAGGUGAUCCAUAAUCCAGCUUCCUAAUGCAAACUUGACUGCUGUUCUUCUCUCCUCUCCAAAUUUCUCAGAAAAAAAUUGUGUUUUGCUUUAUUUUUGGGGCUGUGAUGUCACAGCGGGACAUCAUCGAUUUCUCCGCGCUGGAGAAGGAGCUGCAGGGGGCGGUGGAGUCUGAGAGAAGAUACCAGCGGGAGAACCAAGCCAAGCUGAGGGCCGUGAGCCAGAGAGUGGGAUACGAUCAGUUCAGAGGUCUGGUUCUGUCCUCUCACCUGAAGCCUCUGGAAAAGAAGGACAAGGAUGGAGCUCCACGGAAACAACCAUGGAACCCUGUUGCUCCUGGAAACGCCUGAUGAACCAUCAAUCCAGGCUUCCUGGAUCGAGCUUCCUCCAGUAUCACCUUUGAUAUUUGACCCACCUGUUUGACUCUUCAGUUUGGAAAAAAAUAAGAUUCUGAUCAUUUUAAAUUUUUGGACUGAAUAAUAUUGUUUUGAUCAUCUGUUUAGCAAACAGCAAGAAAUGCAGAUGUAAAGAAAUAGCUCUCCUUCUGAAGUUUUUAAUAAACAGUUUCCUGGUCCUCAAACAGCUCAGUCUACCAUCCUGCUCCAGGUCCCCUUACUGACCCAGCGAUCAUCACUGGAAUCCUGUAGAUGUUGCACAGCUGUUCAUGUUUCACCAUCUAACACGACUCCAUAGAAAGUAUUCUGAUGUGUCUGCUAGCAUGCACGACAUAACAGCAGCAGUCAGCUCUGGAUCUGCAUGAGUGACUGAAAUAACUUCAGUUAAGCUCAGGACCUCUAAGAGUGUUAAGGAAUAUUUUAGAAAGUUUAUCCAGUUUUCUUCCGGGUUUUUGGGUCCCAGAUUUAACAGAUCAUUUUUAGAAUAGAAAAUCC